CUGGUCACAGGAGCCACAAUGGCGUUUGUAGUCUCCUUCAGACAGGGCUGUGGAUGUUAUUAAAUCCACUAGCAUCGCCCUAAAUAUAGGCCUGGUUGACUCCCAGAGCCAUUGAUAAUAAACUGGAACAUCUACUGCACACGAAAAAACUAUGAUUUCUAAUCAAUAUUGAAUUGAUAGGGGAUAAAACUUACAUUAAAGGGAACAUGUAAACAGUACCAACCUGGUCAAGUUUUCAUUUUGUUCGAGAAACGAGCGUCUUUUAAUGAAGACGUUUGCUUGUUUCUGAAUGCUAAGACCGUAAAUCUGUGGAAUAAAAACACCUUUACUUAACUUGGCACCGGACAAGGACAGCUUUCACAAAGGGACUUUUUUCUUUUUUACGAGUCGGCUCGCUAGCUGCCGAGCGUUAGCUAGCGGUGCUAGCUAAAAUUGAGACGGAGACGACACCACAAUGCUCCGUUCUUUGGUUGGGAUCUUUUUUAUUCACUGACUUAUUCAAAGUAAAUACUUCACAGCACUGGAAAACCAACUUGGCAUUUUUCCUGCUUUGACGAGCUAUGUUGGAGAUCUUAAUGGAAUGAAUCGGCGUUGAGGAGGACUGGACGUGAGCGGCCUGGUGUGUUUAUUUUGUGUAACGUUAUUUUCGUCCCCUGUUUCUGCUUAGUAACACUUCAGUAUUGGCUUUUGGAGUAGCAACUGUUCUCCCGUGAAUGAAUUGCCUGCAGCACCGAGGCCCAGUCGCAGGAGAGGUACCGACGCCGGCGUGAGGGAUGCCUGGGUCGGACCGACACCAUGGGACCAAGAGGAAGCCGGAAUCUAGCAUCAGCGGUGUGCCACACCAGACCCAGGCCCCGUCUCAUACUUCUGCGGGAGACAUGACGAGUAAAGACGGCAAGUUAAAACCUUCAAUGUCCUCUUCCGCCACCAAACGCAAACGACAUAAAUCAACCAAACAUAAUCGGGAAUCCUCGGCGGUACCGGGACCCGAAGAUGUUACCCACGGUGAUACUGCGCCUCCUGGUGUCAACACGGUGAAGCCUCUGGUGGAGUACGACGAUAUCAGCUCCGACUCGGACACUUUCUCGGACCCACCGUCCUCCAGGCCCUCUGAGAGGGGGGGCGGGGACCGACUCGAGCCAUCUCCAGACUACGAUAGGGACGAUGUCGGCAGAGCAGCUGACGGUAGAGAGAACAAGGGGCAUAGACACUCCCGAAAAAAGUCCAAGGACCCCAACAAAGUUAGAGAAUCUGGUAAUGGGGAACGUGGUUACAAGAAAAAGAGCAGCAAAGACCGUGAGAAAGGGACUUCUGGAAAGAGCAAGGAGAAGGCUGCCUCAUCAUCAAGCUCCUCAUCCAAACGCCAGGUCCAGCCAGAAGGUGACUCUAAACGCGGGGAGCUGAUGCUCUCCUCCCAGGUACAACCUGCAGCCAGUGUAGGUAGCACUACUUCCUCCACAUCCUCAUCUCGCAGCAAGGAGAGCAGUCGCUCAGGGAAGUCUCGCAAAGACAGGCAGCAGAGGAGAGAAGGUCGAGGGGAAAGCAGCCGCAGCUCCUCCCAGAGGAGCCGGACAGACAGGAGCCACCGCAAGUCCUCCAAGAGCCUCAAGUCAAGCCCCAAGGGCAAGUCUUCAAGUAGGGGAAGUCCUCGCAGGAAGGGCACUAGCUCUGCUCUGUCGCCCAGUCCCAGAAGAGGGGCUGGCAGCGAGAGUCCACUGGGCAGUGGGUAUGGCCAGCAGGGGGAUGACAGCUACAGCAGGCGCAGGGCGGCCCAGCAGAGCCCAAGUCCUUAUGGGGAUAUGUCUCGCCGCAGCAGGCAGAGAUCAGACAGCCCUCAUGGCAGCAGACAUAGGUCCUCCAGCUUCGAGAGAGACAGCAGCCCCUACUCACGGAGACGCUCCAUCAGCCCCUAUGGUAACCGCAGGUCCUCCAGCACCAGCCCCAUGUCCAGACGCUCAGGCCGCUCCAGGAGUCGCUCCCCUCUGCUCUACUCCUCCUCUCGUCGCUCUUCCUCUCGUUCCCGUAGCAAGAGGCAUACUUCCUCUGCUGGGGCAGGGGGUGGCUCCCACAGCAGCCGACCAACCAGCCCCUCCCGCCUACCGCUGAACUCCAGUCUGGGAGCAGAGCUGAGCCGCAGAAAGAAGGAGCGCCAGGCAGCCGAGGCAGCUGCUCGUGCCAGCGGCGGCGCUUCCCCCGCUCUAUUGGGACGCAAAACAACAGGUUCCUCCACGUCUUCACGGCCGGCUAAAGCUGAUGCUUCACAGUCUGAAAGAGACUCGGCUACAGCAGCUGAAACUCAGCCCCCUCCGCCUGCGCAGUUAUCACAGGACGCUCCCGGCGGUGAAGAUCAGGUUACUGCACCUUUACCUUCCUCUUCCACCUCUUCUCCAGCACCUCCUCCUCCUCAGCCCUCUCCUCCUGUGCCACCUGCUCCAGCCACCCUGGUUCCACCGCCGCCACCUCAGGCAGAAACAAAUAUUCAGCCUCCUGCACCCUCAGCCACAUCCCAGGCCAAGUCGCCAGCUCCGCUUCCUACACGCAGCCCCGUCCGACAGACCACGCUCCACAAGACGUCGACUCUGCCUCCCUUGCCUUUACCACCCCUAUUGCUGGGAAACGCUCAGGACAGUCCAAAGAAGUCCACCCAUCCUCAGAGGCCUCCCAGGAAAGAGAAGGAAGUUCGCAGCCGGCCAUCACUCAUCGAUCUCCCUCUACCGCCCACCCUGCACGGAGUUGACUCCUCACCCCCACAGUCACCUAUCCGCCAGGCUCCACCGCUACCCCAGCCAACCCUUAAGAAGAGACCAAAGAUUUGCUGCCCCCGAUAUGGUGAGCGCAAACAUACCCAGAGUGACUGGGGCAAACGCUGUGUAGAUAAAUUCGAUAUAAUCGGCAUCAUAGGGGAAGGAACCUACGGCCAAGUGUACAAGGCCAAGGACAAAGACACUGGUGAACUGGUGGCUCUGAAGAAAGUGCGUUUAGACAAUGAAAAAGAGGGUUUCCCCAUCACCGCCAUCAGAGAGAUCAAGAUCUUGCGGCAGCUCAAACACCGCAGUGUAGUCAACAUGAAGGAGAUCGUAACUGACAAACAGGAUGCACUCGACUUUAAAAAGGACAAAGGUGCUUUUUACUUGGUGUUUGAGUACAUGGACCAUGACCUGAUGGGCCUACUGGAGUCGGGCCUGGUUCAGUUCUCUCAUGAGCACGUCCGCAGCUUCAUGCGCCAGCUGAUGGAGGGUCUGGACUACUGCCACAAGAACAACUUCCUGCACAGAGACAUCAAAUGCUCCAACAUACUGCUCAACAACAGAGGUCAGAUCAAACUGGCUGACUUUGGUUUGGCCCGACUGUACAAUUCAGAAGAAAGUCGGCCUUACACUAAUAAAGUAAUCACACUAUGGUACCGGCCCCCUGAGCUCCUACUGGGAGAGGAGAGAUACUCUCCAGCUAUUGAUGUAUGGAGCUGUGGGUGCAUUCUGGGAGAACUCUUCACCAAAAGGCCCAUCUUUCAAGCUAACCAGGAACUUCUACAGCUGGAGCUCAUCAGCCGUCUGUGCGGGAGUCCCUGCCCUGCAGUCUGGCCUGACGUCAUUAAACUUCCCCUCUUCAACACCAUGAAACCCAAGAAGCAGUACAGACGGCGACUGCGGGAGGAGUUUGCCUUUUUACCUACUACUGCCCUGGAUCUGCUGGACCGAAUGCUGACCCUCGACCCUGCACGGCGCUGCACGUCAGAGCAGGCUCUCAACAGCGACUUCCUGUGUGACGUGGAGCCCAGCAGGAUGCCACCGCCAGAUCUUCCUCACCAUCAAGACUGCCACGAGCUGUGGAGUAAGAAGAGGCGACGUGCACGUCAGAGCGGGCAGGUCGAGGAUGUGCCUGUGCCCAAAGUGCCCCGUAAGGAUACGUCAGGGACCUCUAGCGGAGAGAACAGUCGGCCCCAAACCAGCCCGGCCGGAGCCCCGCCUCCUCCACCAGGAAAACCGCCCUCCGCAGCCAUCUCAGAGAGCGAGUUGUCAGGUCUGGGAGCUGCUGCAGAGCAGUUGAACCAGACAGAGUUGGCGGUCCUGCUGAACCUCCUCCAGGGACAGACGGAUCUCAGCCUGCCCCAGGUGGCCCAGCUCCUUAACCUCUCCAAUCCUGAGACUCUCAGCCAGUCGUUGUCUGCGCUCAGCGAGGCCUCUGACCACCAGGGGUCCUCAGAGGACCAGGCCCAGUCUGCUACCAGGCCCCAGCCCCCAGACCAGCCUCCCGAACCCCAGGAGCUCUCACCGACAUCCGGAGAGCCACCCCACAUCCAGGAAGACCAGGCGAACCUGCUGGCUCUCAUUUUGGGCCAACUUAUCAAGCCACAAACCGAGGAGCAAGGCGAAGAGAGCAAUGGCGUCCAAUCAGAGGAGGCACUAACACGCGAUGGUGCAGUGCCAAAAAGGAAACAGCUUGGGGCCAACCAGGUGCCUCCAUCUGGCGAGCAGCGUCCACCCUCUCCUCCCGGGCCACCUCCGUCAGCUCUCGGAGACGCUCAACCGACUGGGUCAGAAGUCCAACCCAACCAGGACAUCAGCCCUGCCGUGGCAGCCGCCUUGCUCCAGCUCAUCUCUCAGCAGGACUCUGAAGCUGGGGCCUCUCAGCGCAGCAAGAACCCCUCUCCGUCUGUGGACACUCCGGCCCGGGGACAGCCCCCUCCACCCUGGGUGGCUGACUCUCCGCCUAAGUCUUCAGCUGCAGCUGAGGCCCCAGCAGGACUGGUGACUGCUGCUCCUGCCACCGCAGCACAAUUCCCUAAGGACCAGGACCUCCGCUUUUCCCACGGAGCUGCCCGCUGACCCUCGAUCCCCCGGUGAGACAGACCCGGGUAUCAUGGGACAGCUCCAGCAAUCCUCACCUGAAGAGGAGAGGCAGAGGGGACACCCACAGAUUAUGACUCAGUGGACCAUAAGCAGGUAGUGAAAGAUGAAUCAAAUAUUUUGAAAAUGAAUGUCACUUUGUGAUGGACUGAAAAGAAAGAGAUUAAGGGCUUUUUCAGGUAUGGUCAUGAACAUCGCUGCUCCCUGAACAAGUCGUAAUGUGUUGCUUUGAUGGGAGCGCUUAGACUCUGGUCGGUCUGACCUUAAACAAUCCGGUUAGGUACAGUCGCUACCUGCGUUCCCUUACUCUUUCCUGUCCUCCGAAGACCCUGACUUGAAUGAACUUUGGCUUCCAAAUUGAGUGCCAUGCAACUGGCACUCAACUUUGAAAGCAGCCAUGAUCUUUUUUUUUUUUUUUUUCCUCUUCUCCCCCAAAACAAAUGAUUGUCACGUCCAGUGCAGUGCCCACUUCUAACAAGGUUAUCAGUGUUUUGGAGAAUCAAGUCCUCCAUUCUGUGAUGCUAAGGUAUUGUGUACGGAUAGAUUUGACGCACUGAUAAGAACACUGGAGAACCAUGAGAUUCCUGUUGAACCUUAAACGCCGGCUAGCUCCCCCUGUUUUCAGCCUUAUGCCUCCCUGUGACCCCAACGACCCCUGAAUGAUCUCUUAAGUGGGGGAGUGUAGGUAAAGUUUCUGCUUUGGAUGGCCCCCCACAAUAGUGCACAUCUUGCAGGGUUGUUUUUUUUUUUUUUUUUUUUUAAAUUUUACUCAAAGGCGGUUCCAUAUUAUAUUCUGUCUGUCAACGAUGUGUUCGCUGCCCACUUGAAGAUUUUACUUCCUUUACAUACAGUACAGUAAAUCUCUGUGUAGUAACAAGCCUAAGCCUGUAGUGCUCAUGUUCCUGUCUCAAAUAUGGAUUAAACCACCACAUUAUGAUGGACUGCUCCAUAAUACCCACGCUAUUCUGCUAGUUGAAAUAUACAUACAUACAUAUAUACACACACAGAAACAGACUUUUCCGGCUUUUCCUGGUGGGUUCCAAAAGCCUCGUCUAACAUGUCUCUGCCCCUCGCCUUCCUGCCAACUUGUGCAACAAAAGCUUUUUUUUCUUUUUUUGGUGCAGUUAUUUUCUACAUAAAGAAAAUGAUACACGCUUAAAAAAAAAAAAAAAAAAAAAAAAAAAAAAAAUGGUCCAUGGUUCUGUUACCAUUCUUUUUUUCUUUGGAAAAGGAAAGGGAGGAGAAAAUGGUUUCACGUGUCUGUAAAAAAGAAAA